AUGGCGCUGGCCGACAACGACCCCGCUGGCCACGUAUGUGACGGUGGAAGUGGCGGCGCCGCGUACGGCCUGAUCACGACGAUCAACGACAUCGCAAGCCCGUUUGAAGAAAUGGUCCCGACGGCAGACCUCCAUCACUUCAACCUGGACGCCCCCCCCAACCAAAGCACGCUGUUCAUCGUGCUAUCCAUGUUUGCUUCGUUCGGGUACGUCAUCGCCGCCUGCGCGUCGGACUCGAUGCUGGUCUGUUAUACCCAGCGAGAACGCAUCACCAUUACGCGAGGAUGCCAGCGAGCGAGCGCACGACGUAGAUGGCGGUCCCACGCCCAGUACGUGGCCACGUGA